CUCUGAAUUGACAAUGAGUUUACUUAAAUGUUUCCAGCUGAUGCUUAUAACCAUACUGACUCUGAACUUCUAAAGUCGGAAAAUAGUCACAAUAGAGAUGCUGGUUCGACUGCAUCUACAGCUAUUCUUGUUGGUGAUCGUUUACUUGUUGCAAAUGUUGGUGAUUCAAGAGCUGUUAUCAGCAGAGGCGGGAAUGCCAUUGCUGUGUCAAGGGACCAUAAACCUGACCAAAGUGAUGAGCGUGAAAGGAUCGAGAAUGCUGGUGGAUUUGUGAUGUGGGCAGGAACUUGGAGGGUUGGAGGAGUUCUUGCAGUUUCUCGUGCUUUUGGUGAUAGGCUUCUGAAGCAAUAUGUUGUUGCUGAUCCAGAAAUCCAGGAAGAAAAGAUUGAUGAUUCUCUUGAGUUUUUGAUCCUAGCAAGCGACGGACUAUGGGAUGUUUUCUCUAACGAGGACGCAGUUGCAAUGGCUAAGGAAGUUGAAGACCCAGAGGACUCAGCGAAGAAACUUGUGAGAGAAGCAUUAAAGAAAGGAAGUGCAGACAACAUCACAUGUGUGGUCGUUCGUUUCCUGGAGAACAAGACAGCUUCAUCAAGCCAUGUCAGCUCCUCCUCAUCCAAUCAAAUGCCACCACUUGGAGACCUCGCUAUCUCAUCCAAUGAAGCUAACCAAGUCCAGACCGAUUCAAAGAACAUCAGCUCAAGGAAUAAACCAGAUCAGAAUGUAACUAAUCACAAACCGAUCACUGCAAGCAGCAGCGUCACCGAUGAAGUCAGCGGUAAUGGUAUGGGGAAUAAACCAAAAAAUACAGUGAAUCAAAAACCAGUCCCAGAAAGUAGCUCAACCAUGGAGUGAGUGACCCUUAAGAGGAAAUCAGUGACCGAUAAGGUCAGUUGUGUUCCCUCUAUUCAUUAGGAACUAAAGACACUGUCUUUUGCAACGUUCUCUCUUCCAUCAAAAGACAGCAAACAAACUUGCAGACCGUUGACUGCGUUUGCAUAUAGGAUUGAAAAUGUACUUAAUAUGAAUACAUUUAAGUUUAAGAAUAGGUAUUUCUAUGUGUGUGUAUAUAAAUACAUACAUCUAUAUGUAGUUGUUUAUGUAUAAAUAUUUUUUAAAAAACAUGAUAGUUAUAUAAUAUUCAAACAGAAAAAGAAAA